AUUUUGUCGAGCUAUUUCGUGGGAAUGUUACAACCUGGCUUUUAGUUCAUUACUGUACCGUGGUUGUGGAUGACGCUUUAAGGAUGUCGGUAAUUCGGUUUCUCGCCCGAAUAGUAAAGAGAAAGAAGUAAAACCAGUUGAAGAAUGGGUCGAAGUGUUGUAAGUGAACAUUGCAUAUGGCAACCAUGAAUCCCAAUUGGUUUGAUCUUUCCUAACAAAAUUCCGUAGAUAUUCCACCAGAUUUCUGUGAGAUCUUUCUAAACUACCAUUUGACAGCGCCUCAGUGGACACCGUUCUAUAAGCACCGAUUGUCCUUAUAAGAAUCUGCCUUUGUACCCUUGUCAGUUUCUUCAUAUUUUGUUUUUCUUUGAGCGCCUCUCUUCAUGUUUCGCAGACAUACAACAUCUGCGACCAUAUGAGUGUCCCCAGUAACUUUCUUUUAUUUGCUCCUGGUCCAUACGUGGUGCUCAUUACUCGUUGAAGGGCUUGCAGUGUUCCCUGCGCCUUCUUACUCACGUAGUCGAUGUGCGCUGUCCUUUUCAGAUUCCUUCCUAUCAUCACACACAAAUAUUUGAGGGCUUCCGUUGUCUUGAUAGUAUGUUCCAUCGUAUUAAUUUCCACCACUCCAGCGUGCCUUCUGCUCUUUAGCAGGACCGCCUCGGUCCUCUCCGGUGCGAGCUCAAUGCCCAUUCUUGACAUCUCUUCUGCUAUCAUGGUAGUUGUUUUUUACGCGAUUAUUCCCUUCUGAGGAGCCUAUCAACGUUCCACAAAGUCGGGCUCAAAAUUGACCCCUGCGGCACUCCCCUCGUGAUCUAUACCUUCCUCCGUUGUAUUCGACGUAUCUGUUGUUCAGGUAUCCCUUCAUACAUCUGAUUAGGUGUUCUGAUAGUCCUCACUCUUUCAUACUCUCUAUUAUCUGUGGCCAUGGCACAGUUCCAAAUGCGUUUCAUACGUCCAAAGUGACUAGCAUAUAUUUUUUCUUUUUGCCCCUCCUAAAUCUUUCCAGAUCCCUCGCCUUUCCCAAUACCUCAUCAAUCGCCUGUGUGGUUGAUCUUUCUUUCACAAAGCCAUAUUGGUCUUUAGAGAGUCCUCCCACUUUUUCCAGCUCCUCCAUUAUCAUCUCCUUCAAUACGCUCUCGAAUAGUUUUCCUAGGCUGUUUAAUAGGCACAGUGGCCUGUGUUACACGCUGAAAACCUUCAGCGUGACAAAAUUAGAAGCUAUCGUCGUGGCGGAACGAUCCAAAAAGAGUGAGAAAACAAUAUGUAUAGGUAGUAAAAGGGCGCCACCAAGCUCUACCUUUUUCACUUCUAAAAUAGUAAAUCUAAAGCCGCAUUCACAUGGGUCGUGUUUCACGCGCGUGGCUGCACGCUCGUCUGACGGUUACCACGCUCGAAUUAAGGUACGAUAGCGUGAAAGCAUUCACACGACAGUUUAGCUGCAGUCAAAAUGUAUCGGUUCGUUGUGCUCUUGUUGCUGAUUUAAUGGUUACGGAAUUAAUUAAUAAUGAAAAAUCAAAGAAGACCAGAAAGAAGAGACGUUGGUGGACACGCGAUUGGAUUUUAAAACGCAAUAUAAAAGGCGCAUCAACGUUCAUCGAACAUGAACUAACAACAAAAUUUCCAGAGGACUUCAAAAAUAUGUUGAGAAUGUCAGAAACACAUUUUAAUGAUUUAUUAACCAGAGUAGGUCCUCGUAUUACAAAACAAGAUACAAAUAUGAGACAAGCUAUUUCAGCAAGAACAAAGUUGGCAAUAACGCUGCGAUACCUGGCAUCUGGAGAUUCGUUAAAAAGUUUAGAAUACUUGUUUACGGUUCCAAAAAACACAACUAGUGCAUUUUUACCACAAGUUCUAACAUCUAUAUAUGAAAUGCUCGAAGAAUUUAUACAGAUACCCGACAAAUCUGAAUGGAAAAAUAUUGAAUAUGGUUUUAAGAUAAGAUGGAAUUUCCUUGGAUGUAUUGGUGCAAUAGAUGGCAAACACAUAGCUAUUAGAGCACCACCUAGCAGUGGCUCUGACUUCUUCAAUUACAAAUCGAAUUACAGCAUCAUACUAUUAGCGUUAGUAGACCAUAAUUACUGUUUUUCCUACAUAGAUAUAGGUGCAAAAGGGAGAAAUUCAGAUGGGGGAGUGUUUAGCAGAAGCUCACUAUUUUGUGCUCUGGAAAACGAAAGUUUGGACAUUCCGGAAAAUGCUGUAAUUGUUGGUGACGAUGCGUUCCCAUUGAAACCGUACUUAAUGAAGCCUUUUGCUCGACGGAAUUUAACCCGACAACAAAGAAUCUUUAACUAUAGAUUAUCCAGAACUAGAAGAAUAUCUGAGAAUGCUUUCGGUAUUUUAACAAGUAGGUUUAGGGUGUUUGAAAAAGCAAUUGCACUAAAAGCAGAAACAGCUGACAAAAUCAUUUAUGCUUGUUGUGCAAUACAUAAUUGGUUGAUAAAGACCAAUUCUAAUUAUAUAAUUCCUGGGGCAGUAGAUUUUGAAGAUGACAAUGGCGUACUACACCCAGGCUCUUGNAGUAAAGAGAAAGGAGUAAAAUCAGUUGAAGAAUGGGUCGAAGUGUUGUAA